UGCAUUUCCAGCAUUCCGCCUCUCAGUUCGCGGUUUAGUGAAUGGCCGAGCCCGUGUGCGCGCUGCCUGCCUGCCCCGGGGCUCUAUCCCGCCUUUCCCGCAUCACACAGUGUGCAGUGAGGGCCGCACCGUAGGCUGGCUCAGGCGGUGACGCUGGCCGCGUGGUAGCGUGUCUCGCUCUCUCUCGCUGCUCCCCGGUGUGUCCGCUGCGGCCGUGCAUUGAGAACAUGGGGCGGCUCGCUGUGCCCCCCACAGUCACUGCCUUCCUGUUAGAUAUCGAGGGCACCACCACCCCCAUCACAUUUGUGAAGGAUGUGUUAUUCCCCUAUAUUAAAGACAAUGUUAAAGAAUAUCUUCACAAACAUUGGGAAGAAGAACAGUGUCAGGAGGAUGUUUCCCAGCUUCAAAAACAGGCUGAGAUUGAUGCCCAUCUUGAUGGAUUUGUGCCAAUUCCUUCAUUUUCUGAUGGUACUGCAGAUUUGCAAACUGUUGUCCAAGCAGUGGUUGAUAAUGUUCAUUGGCAGAUGUCUCUUGAUCGGAAGACAACUGCACUCAAACAACUACAGGGUCACAUGUGGAAAUCUGCGUAUGUCUCUGCACAAGUGAAGGGAGAGGUCUAUGAAGAUGUAGUACCAGCAAUUAGGAAAUGGAGAGAAGCUGGAAUGAAAGUCUAUAUUUAUUCUUCGGGAAGUAUAGAGGCACAGAAACUUUUAUUUGGAUACUCAAUUGAAGGUGAUCUGCUUAAGUUGUUUGAUGGACAUUUUGAUACUACUAUUGGACAUAAAGUAGAGAGUGAAAGUUACAGAAAUAUUGCAAAAUGUAUCAAGUGCUCACCAGAGAACAUUCUUUUUCUGACUGACAUUAUCAAAGAGGCAAAAGCUGCAGAGGAGGCAGGAGCGCAUGUGGCAGUAGUGACUAGGCCUGGCAAUGCUGCAUUAACGGAUGAGGAAAAAUCUAAAUACCACAUUAUUGCGUCGUUCAGUGAGAUUGCCCUUCCCACCACACAAUAACACCUGGAAGCCCAUCACAACUAAAGAAAUAUAUUAAAAAAAGAGAUUUGCAUUGAAAAAGUUGUAUGAGACAAAUCAAUAGUUCAGUAUGCUUCAUAACAUAGAAAAAUAAAAUAUAAACUAAUACAUUUUCAUUGGCUCACGGGUACCAGCAUGUAUACAGUAGCAAAGCUUUAAUAAAAGAAAAGGUUUGAUUUAUUGGUUUCCAAUAGAAAUGAUAUGGCAAAGAAUUUGAAUGCCAAAUUGAAAAACAUUUUUACAGUUUAUUCUGCAAUUAAAACAUGCAGUGUGCAAUCCACU